AAUAACAGCACAGGCCACUGCUGCAAUGCAACCAUUGCAUGGCAUUCGUCGAAGCGUCUGCGUUACGGUUGCAUCAUCGAAGGAGAGUGAAGCGAUCGAUGACAAAAUUCAACCUCCACCCAAGCGCGUGCACCGACCGAAACCACUUACGUUCCGGUCGAGAGCGCUUGGCCGUGAUUUACAUUCUGGCGCCAUUCAAUAUUGGAAUAUUGGUUUCAUAUCGGAUCGGAAAUCGGAUCGCUUUUCAGGGACGAGAGCGGCAGCUGCCCUAUUUUUGAAGAUCGGCGACAAUCCCGUGCCAUGAUUAUGAUGUUACGAUUCAUUGAUCCCGAGGGGGCGAACAUCAGCACUCUGGGGCGGUUGAAGCAACACCCGCUGGGUCCAACCAGCACCAGUCCACGGGCACCAUCGGAAGGGAAUCGAAGUAGCCGCGUCGGUCUUGGUCUUGGUUGCAGCAGUAGUAUAUCCUUCGCGGAAAACGAUUAUUGAUUGACGGCGUUUAAUUCAUUUGUUCCGUUUGAAAGGACCGGGACCGGGACUUCGCCUUUGUUGCCGAUCGAUAGCAGAGAGAGAGAGACCAGCCGCCUACACAAUGCCCGAAAAGGUGUGGAAUUUGAGCGAUUCGGACGAAAACGAGAAGGAGGUACGGUACGAUCUGGAGCGCACCAACGAUGAGGAAAGCUGGUGGAACCAACGGUCGCUAACGUCGCUCGAUCUGAGCUCCAACACGCUUACUACGAUCAGCGAAAACAUACAGAAUCUCGUCGAUCUUACUGUGCUGAAUCUACAAGAUAAUGCACUAACAAGUCUGCCGGCCGGGAUCGGCGCCCUAACGAAGCUAACGAAGUUCAGCGUCGCCCGCAACAAGCUGACCGAGCUGCCGGAGAGCUUCUUUCAGCUGAAGGAGCUGAAGCACCUCAACCUGUCGCACAAUGAGUUUGCGGAGAUGAACCCAAACAUCAGCGAUCUAAUCAUGCUUGAAACGUUGGAUGUUUCGUUCAACAGCAUUAACGCUUUGCCGGGUGGCGUUGGGUUUUUGGUCCGGUUGCAGCAACUAACGCUGAGCAAUAAUCACCUAACGGAGCUACCGAACGAUAUCGUCAAUUUGCGCAAACUGCAAAAGCUCGAUCUUGCCAAGAACGACCUAAAGAAGCUGCCCCCGGUGAUGGGUGAGCUGCGCCGGCUGGAGUGUUUCUACGUGCAGCACAACGACAUCGACGAGCUGCCCGACUUUACCGGCUGCGAGGCGCUGAAGGAGCUGCACAUUUCGAACAACUACAUCAAAACGCUGCCGGGCGAUUUUUGCGAAAACUUGCCCCAGCUCAAGGUGCUCGAUCUGCGCGACAACAAGAUCGAGAAGCUGCCGGACGAGAUCGCGCUGCUCGCUAGCCUGACGCGGCUCGACCUGUCGAACAACACGAUCAGCAGCUUGCCCUCCUGCCUGUCGACGCUGGCCCAUCUGGUGAGCCUGCAGGUGGAGGGCAACCCGAUCCGGUCGAUCCGGCGCGACAUUAUACAGUGCGGCACGCAGCGCAUACUGAAAACGCUGCGCGAGCGGGACGGCACGGGCAAGCCGGAUGGGGGACAGAAGGGAGUUGCGAGGGCGGCGGCGUCAGCGUCGACAGCGGUGGUGAAAAAUUCCCUCUUCACGGAGAGCACCUUCCCGGAUGUGUACCAGAUGCGGAAGGGCCGUGCGCUGAUCGUGUGCUCCAAAGCGCUGGUCGACAUACCGGAGGCGGUGUUUCUCGAUGCGCUCGAAGCGUGCGUGUACAAUGUGGACAUCAGCAAGAACAAGCUGACGGCCGUACCGUCGGGCAUCACGCAUUUAUCGUCUCUGCUAACGGAGCUGAACGUGAGCUUCAAUUUGCUGCAGACUGUGCCGGCCUUUUUCUCGCAGUUUGACAAAAUUAGCUACCUUAACCUUUCGAACAACCAGAUGACCGAUCUGCCGGAGGUGGUGGGCCUGCUGGUUACGCUGCGCGAGCUUAACGUUAUCAGCAACCAGCUCAAGCGCAUCCCGGACUGUGUGUACGAGCUGCGCGGGCUGGAAAUAUUGCUUGCCAGCGGUAAUCAGAUCGAGGAGAUAGACGCAACGGAGAGCGGGCUCGGUGCGCUGAAGCGCCUUGCCACGCUGGAUCUGGCAAAUAAUAACAUCAAGCACGUACCACCGGUACUGGGAACGCUGAAGAACAUCACUACGCUGGAGCUGAUUGGCAACAGUUUCCGGCAGCCGCGCCAUCAAAUAUUGGAAAAGGGGACGGAAUCGAUCAUGUCCUACCUGCGGGACCGCAUCCCACAGUAGUCCCCGUGCCAGGCGUCCGAGAGCACAACUUGUAGUGGCAUUACACGCGCAUCACGUUAUUCUUAGAGCAGCUUCUUCGCUAUUUUUUUUUUAUGAUCCUCUCUUCUAUUUGUGUGCGCGCUUGCACCGUUUGCACGCAUCGUUUACAAGGCCAUAGGCGGAGGAGGAGGAGGAG